UCAGGAGAGCUACGAUUUGGACCAUACCACCUUGUCUUUAAAUUGCGCAGGAUAUGACUUUUAGCUAGUACCCUCAGUAUCACCACUAGACUAGACGGUUUUAUUUAUUUAUUUUUGACUAGACGUUGUUUUUAUUAUUGUUUACACCAAAUUGUGUAUGUGUUUCCAGAACAUUAAAUUACUCGAAACCGCAAGCAGUGAUUGUCAAUAGGGUGUCUGGCUUUGCAGUCUGCACUCCCCCGCCGCGAUGCAGCGCAGUGCAGGGGGUGCUGUGUCACGCGAGGCUGGUGACGUAGGCGCUACAGCAUUGGAGGUUGUCAGUGUUGUGGGCAAGGCGGUUUGCGCAGGCGCGGCGCUGACAGCCGCUCUCUACCUGAUCCGCAGAGUUUGUUUAACGAUGGCCUGGAAAUCAGGAGGAUCAAGCCAAGCUGAGCUCGUGAACAACCUCCGCAAAAAUGGGAUUAUUAAAUCAGACAAGGUUUUUGAAGUCAUGUUGGCCACAGACCGUGCACACUUUUCAAAAUGUAACCCAUACAUGGAUUCCCCUCAGUCAUUAGGUUACCAGGCAACUAUCAGUGCUCCACACAUGCAUGCAUAUGCUUUGGAGCUUCUCCACGAUCAGUUAUAUGAAGGGGCUAAGGCACUGGAUGUUGGAUCUGGAAGUGGAAUUCUUUCUGUUUGCUUUGCACGGAUGGUUGGCCCUGAGGGAAAAGUCAUAGGAAUUGAUCAUAUCAAAGAACUGGUUGAUGAUUCAGUAAACAAUGUGAAGAAAGAUGACCCCAGUUUGAUAACAUCAGGAAGGGUAAAACUGAUUGUGGGUGAUGGCCGAAUGGGAAACACAGAGGAAGCUCCCUAUGAUGCGAUUCAUGUCGGUGCUGCAGCACCAACUGUGCCGCAAGCACUCCUAGACCAGUUGAAGCCUGGUGGCAGGUUGAUCCUCCCAGUGGGCCCACCAGGUGGAAACCAGAUGCUAGAACAGUACGAUAAGCUGGAAGACGGCAGCACCAAAAUGAAGCCUCUCAUGGGGGUGAUCUAUGUGCCUUUGACAGACAAAGACAAGCAGUGGUCCAGGUGGAAGUGACUUACUACCCAAUUAUUCUUCUUCUUCUGCAGAAAGUUGACAAAAGGGAUGAACUGUGAAGCACCAUCAGUGUGUCCUUGUCCUGCUUUAUAGUGUUAACUCAGUGGAUUUCUCCAGAUCUAAACAACUAUAAAUUACAGCAUUGCAACUUGUUUUGGAUUUUUUUUUUUUUAAAUGGCAUGGAGCAUUGUAUUUCACUUUUCUGGGGUUGUGGCUAAAAUAAUAAUAAUAAUAAUAAUAAUAAUAAUAAUAAUAAUAAUAAUAAUUUCUCAUUCAUCGAUUUUCCAUUUAAAUUGAUUUGGACAAAUAUUUUUAACUGGACUGUUUUGGUGCAGUGACUGUGUAAAGCCUUUAUUAUAAAUAGCUAAUGUGCCACUUAUGACACUACAUGCAUAAGAUUUCUGUAUGCAGUCAUCUAUAUUGCUAUGCUCAACAGUAAGAAACUUUUACUGCAUUUCUUUCAAGCUUUUUUCAUGCAGAGCAACACGUAACAUAAAACAGCUGAUAUUGUUUUCUUUCUGUAACUGAUGUUUUGCUGUUUGUUUAAAAUGCAAUACCAGACAGUAUAUGGAAUGUUGCUAUAGUUGUCUGUAAUAUCUCCUGUACAGAUUUGACAUAUUUUUUUUCAGUAUUAAAUUUGCUGCCACUGUGAUUUUAUAUAUAUAUAUAUAUAUAUAUAUAUAUAUAUAUAUAUAUAUAUAUAUAUAUAUAUAUAUAUAUAUAAUGUGUAUUGCUACAGUGUAACAUGCUGUGUAUCAGUUGCUGGC